GUAAACGGAAAUCGAUUGUUCUAGCGAGCAAUGCGGUUAGUUUUUUCCGACUCUUCCGGCACAAGAAAGAACAACAACCCUUCUCGAUCAAGGCUCAACAAUGGCGUCCUACGGUUACGGCGGUAGAGAAUCUUUCUCCCCUUCAGCUCCGCCCUUACCCGCCGCCACUGACGAGCACCAGCUUUCCCACCUAUAUCAUCCCGCACCUUCUACCUCGUCCCUCCACCCACCGACAAUUUACUCUGUUCCCAGCUAUGCGCCGACAACGUAUUCCGUUCCCAGCUAUGCUCCGACAACUUAUUCCGUUCCAAGCUAUGCUCCUCCUCCUCCUCCGUCUCAGCCUCAGCUUCAAAGUAGCAGCAGUUAUGGACUGAGUCCAUCCUAUGGGUACGACUCGCAUAUUGCUUUUCCUGCGGGCACUCAUCCGGAUGUCAUACGGAGCUUCCAAAUGGUGGAUUCGGACCGUAGCGGUUUCGUUGAAGACAAGGAACUCCAACAGGCCCUCGCUUCGGGUUACCAAAAGUUCAGUCUCAGGACUGUCCGUUUGCUCAUUUUUCUCUUUAAACAUCCAAAUGAAUCUUCUCUCAGAAUUGGGCCCAAGGAGUUUGCAGCUCUGUGGAGUUAUUUGGGGCAAUGGAGGGUGAGCAGGAAACCUUUGAGAGGUUCGACAGAGAUAGGAGUGGGAGAAUUGAUGGAAGAGAACUAAGAGAUGCUCUCUACAGUCUUGGGUAUUUGGUGCCUCCUCCCGUCCUUCAACUUCUGGUUUCCAAAUACGAUGGCGACAGUGCUGGGCUGGACUUUGAUAGUUUUGUUGAAUGUGGGAUGAUUUUUAAGGGUCUGACAGAGAAGUUCAAAGAGAAGGAUGUGGGGUAUACAGGGUCUGCUAAGCUGAGUUAUGAUGAGUUCCUGUCAAUGGUCAUCCCUUUUCUCGUGUCAUACUAGGAACAGGAGGAGGAUGAGGAGUGAAGUAACCACACUCUCAAGGAAAGGUUUGAAACUUUGAAUCUUGUAAUUAUGGUUGGUGUUCUCCAGCUGGAUAGCAUUUUUUCAGGCCACUUCUCUUUGCCUUCAACUUUCAUGUAUCAAGAAGGAAAAAGAACGCUUGAAAUGUUCGAAUGAAAAAAUGGAAUUUGUAUGUGAUUUGGCUUAUUGAGAAUGAUAUACGAACUUGAAGGCUAAUUUGAACCCUUACUAUUCACUAUUACCCAAAAAAGUAACCCAUGUAUGUUGAAUGAG